UCCCUUUUUUCUCUCUCUCUCUCUCUCUCUCUCUCUCUCUCUCUCUCUCUCUCUCUCUCGACACAGCGGCACUUGUUGAAUUCCACCCUUGGAGAAUAGAGGAGAGAAACAGAGAGAGAGAGAUAAUGACAGGGAAGCAGAGGGAGGCUUUGAGACCGCGCUAUGACAGACAGUGAGCAAAGAGAAUGGGGAUUCGGAGGAUAUAGAGAUAGAGGAUAGGCCGGGGAAGACAGACAGAGCAAAAGUCAGUCAGUAAGCAGGGAGGGAAUCAUCUUCAAGACAGUGGGAAUGACACUUUAAGAGAGCGAGUCGGCCAGACGGAGUACAUCAGACUGCACGCCUUCCAUCUGCAACUCCUCCUCUUCUGUCCCGGUCCCGGCUGCUGCUGCUGGUGUGUUAGCGAGUGCCGAGGCUCCAUGGUGUGUUUUACCCAGAAGACUUGCUUACACAGAUGCCUCUCUCAGCGGCGGAGUCUGCAGUGAAUAUCUGAAACCCCGCCUUCCUCUUCCUCUGUGGCCAACAUGUCCCAGCUGCUCCACGUGGAGAUCCCAAACUUUGGAGCCACAGUUCUGGGCUCCCUUAAUGAGCAGCGCCUGCUCGGACACUACUGUGAUGUAUCCAUCCUGGUCAAAGGCCGGGCUUUCAAAGCCCACCGGGCCGUUCUGGCUGCCAGUAGCCUCUACUUCCGUGACCUCUUCAGCAGCUCCACCAAGAGCCAGUUCGAGUUGCCCUCCUCAGUCACACCUGCUUGCUUCGAGCAGAUCCUCACGUUCUGCUAUACGGGGAAGCUAACAAUGGCAACUAGCGAACAGCUGGUGGUCAUGUACACAGCCGGCUACCUCCAAAUUCAGCAUAUAGUCGAACGAGGCAUGGACCUGAUGUUCAAGGCAAACUCGCCUCACUGUGACUCGCAAACAGCCGGGUCUUUAGAGGAAACCGGAUCCGAGCCGCAGAGUCCUUGCAACAACGGAAACGGGCUAGCGGUGGCGGCCCUUUUGGGAACCACGGGCUGGUCUCCCUCCCUGCUCAUGUCGCGUAAGAUUAAACUAGAAGGGGGUGAGCCGACACCGCUGACGACAUCUUUGGCGCAAAGCAGGCUUUCGUCUUCGGAGUUGGGGAGUCGGCUGGCGAGGGCCAGUUCACUGUUAUACACGACGGCCGGUGGGACCGCCAUCCACGGUUUGCCGUCUUACCACCUUCAAGGGGCCGGUGGGGGAGGAACAGGAGUUGAAAGGUCCAGUCCUGGAGCGUCCAGCCUGCCAACCACUGACAGCCCUACGUCCUACCAGAAUGAGGAUGAAGAGUUUGAGGAAGAGCCCUAUGAUGGGAUCACAGAGGAUUCCUACAGUCAUCUCUAUGGGCGUUCAGCUAACCCCUACGGGAUCCAGGACAAGCCAGAGAUGGCAGCGAUGCCCUUGGCCUUGGAGAGCCGCAACUGUGUGCUGAUCCGCAGGGACCUGGUGGCGCUGCCUGCGAGCCUCAUCAGCCAGAUAGGCUACCGCUGCCACCCUAAGCUCUACACUGAAGGGGACCCUGGGGAGAAGCUGGAGCUAGUAGCUGGUACGCAGGUGUUCAUGACUCGAGGACAGCUGAUGAAUUGUCAUCUAUGUGCUGGCAUCAAACACAAAGUCUUGCUUCGCCGUCUGCUAGCCACGUUCUUCGAUAGAAACACUUUAGCCAACAGCUGUGGGACCGGUAUCCGCUCCUCGACCAGUGACCCCAGUAGGAAACCCCUGGACAGCAGGGUGCUCAACGCUGUCAAACUCUACUGUCAAAACUUCAACCCCAACUUCAAGGAGAGUGAAAUGAAUGUGAUCGCCGCUGACAUGUGCACAAAUGCGAGGCGUGUCCGCAAGCGAUGGCUGCCGAAGAUCAAGUCGAUGCUGCCCGAUGGCAUGGAUGUGUACCGCGCAGGGAUGGGCAUGGGUGCCGCUGUGGGCCUGGGCCUGGCAAUGGCUGCCCCUCAACCAGGGGUAGCCCUCCCCUUCGAGCCUGACUUCAAGGCCCUAGACCAACGGUUGUAUCCGGAUCGCAAGGACCCUCUCAGGACUCACCUCCCGCUGGCAGACAGCAGCCCCGGGUGCGUGGCAGCCGGAGCAGAGGCUGAAGGUGAAGGCGAGGGAGUCGUCCAGGAGGACCAGGGGGAAGACGAGGAGGAUGCCGGGUUAGAAGGUGCAGACGGAUCAAUGGGGGCGCCAACUUCGAUCCCAGGAGCCGAGGCGGGCAACUGUGGCGACACGCCGCCCGAGCAGGAAGUGGAAACUUUUGGACAAGGUCUGAGGGUGAACGGACAGUGAAUGUCCCUUUGGCCGCCUCUCACGUUGUGAAAUCUGUUUAACAUCGCAUUUUCUUUGGCUUGCUCUCCUACUCUUAACAUCUCGUCCACCACUCUUUCUUCUCCUCCGUGCUUCCUCAACGGGAAUUUUUCGGCACAAAAAGCUGCGCUCGUAGACCUUACUAUACAGGAAUUUGUCACACAUGCAUGCGCACCCGUGUUCUCAUGUCCACGCAUACCUACUGAUAUAGUCACUGAUAGUGGAAGUAGAUCAUUCAUAGUAGAAGUAGACACAGGCAUGGCAUUAGCGCAGUAAGAUAAUCACCUCUUCCUGCGCCACUCUUUUCUUAGUGUAUUCAAUAUGUACUCAGUGUUUGGGCACCUGCAGCAACAUUACAAAGGCCUGAUAGCAGAACACAUGGCUGGACUGAUUUAUAAGCAAGAGCUGCUUUGCUGGCAGUUUAGGAAUUGUGGUAUAGUUUAUAAAAUGUUUUCUUGAAAAUCCACAUCUGAAAAUAAACCGAGUAACCUCUGGAAGAUACGAUGCUCUUUAAAAAAAGAAAGAAAGUGGCUUAUUUGUUGUAUGAUAAAUAUUUAUCAGAAUUAAAGGUUAUUUACUGCAUGGCCAUCAUUAAGCGGAACAAUUUUCCUUUGUGUUAAAACACAACUUCAUAUUUUAGGACUAGAAAAGAAAAAGACUUCCAGAUGAUCCAACAAAUAAUCUAUCGCAUGGAGUUGGGUUUUCAUGCAUAUCUGUAUUGGAUUAGAUUGUCAAUGUGAUGCCUGUGUCUGCUCCCGACCGCCCCUCCCUCCCAACCAACCACACACACACAAACACACACACACACACAUACAAAUCCACACACACAUGCGCACAUUUCUCACCUUAUGAUACUUAGCGUUCAAUAUCUGCAUCAAAUCAUUAUAAAUACACUGCCCAAAAAAACAACAAUGAACAGUGCUUUUUAACUUUGAAAAAGAAAAGUCCUUUUUGAUUCCAUCGUUCUGUCUUGGAGAAAAAGAGAGGGACACGGAACAAAAACAUGCACUAAAAAACUAAGCUUGCAUGCAUGAAUACAAACUAUGGAUACAGAGAAUUAUUGUAAACCACAACAAAGCCACACACCUGCAUAUAAAUAAGCAAACGGCUACGGUGGCCUCCAGAUAUGCCAUUUGAGGACUUUGCCAUUUCUCACUGGAAUCUGAACUCAGUCUGACACGUGUUAGAACUGACAUAGGUGUGACGCGGGAUCAACUGUGAUUGUCACAAUACCGAUUGGAUUUUCUUUUCUAACCCACGAGGUGUGCUGUCACCACGUGUAGAGGAGAUUGAAUAUGAGGAGGAGGAGGAGGAGGAAGCGCACUAAACUGAGUGGUAGAAGAGAGGAGCACUGUUUCACCUUGAUGUGGUGGCGUGGCACCAAGACUACAUAGUCCUGCUUCCAUCCUGGUUAUUUUAAAUUGUUUUCCUGGAGGGAUGGGGGGUUGGGGGGGGUAAGUUAUUGAAUAAAUCUCAUAAGAGCAAUUUCUGCUGGCUUAUUGCAUUUGCACUCGAAAAGAAAAAAAAGUUUAUGGGUGGGAAACUAAGGAGUUUGGCAAAAUGUGACUGUACUAAAGACUGAAAAUGUCCUCCACAUCACCCUGAUUGUUUAUUUGAGGAGAGGAUUGUGGGUUUGUAAAGAGAAAACUGGUCUUUCGAAGAUAAGUUUCUGUAUUUCUGAAGGGGACGAAGUGAAGCAAUGUCGAACAGGGACAAAAACCUGUAUGUGUCAUAAUCAUUUUGUUUUUUUAAAUAUCUGUUCUGCUGUUUAUGCUUUCUGCCACGCAUAUAGGGACGAAGUCCAAACAACCUUGCUUUGUAUAUUGAUUUUAAGAGUCACACUGUAUGUUUUUUUCUUUUUCUUUUUGUUCUUUGUUUUCUGCGUCAAAGCUAAUUUAAUCACAGUCAGACCCUCAAAUUUAGUGAACCCUAAAUUUAUUGGUAACAUUGCUAAAACUUUUCCACUGUAAAAAUGUAAAGCAGAAGCUGACAACCAAGCAAAAAAUACAGUAUGUGUCCCAAAUAUUUCAUUGGUUUGUUUAUGCUUUAGUGCUGUGCCACCUCGAAGGUUGUGUUUAUGUGUCUGAGUCUUUACACCGGCCCCGCACAAGAAACGCAGAGUUAUAAUUGCACACGGUAAUAAUAAUAUUAACGUUUUACAGUAUCUAGGUGUCUUUUUCUUUUGGAGGAAAUGCAAUCUACCAUCGAUGAAACAGGGCUGUGAUAGAAUGACCAGAAUGAUGAAUGAAUGUAAACUGACGCACUGCUUUGGGGAGCGGUCAAAUACACGUUUUUUAUUUUUUAUUUGACUGUUUUUUCCUCAAUUGCAUGAAGCCGGGUGAUGUUCAAGCAGAAAGCUUAAGUGAUUUUUCAACUGGUCUUCCAUAGUAGUGAACAACAGGGAGUAUUUCCCUAAUAUAUAGAAAAGUUAGUGAGGCUUUUAUUACUUUAUGGUUUAUUCUGUUUUAUUCCAACAAGCUCCUCAUUUGUUUUAGAUAUUUUGAGAAUCAUGUGUCUCUAAUGUUAAAAUGACUGUUCACAAAUCUGUACAGACUUUAAGAUUGAACAAAUAAUAUCUUUAUCUUGUUUUUUUUAUUUAUUGAGCUUCAGUUCCUAAUGUUGCUCUUAUAAUAAAAAUAAAGAUAUUCUGUUGUUUAUUGGAACCACUAAAUGUAAUGACUGGACUUUGUGAGAUCGCCUGCACUUCUGAUUUGUCAACUAAGGUAACGAUCUUCUCAAAAUGUAUCUUUUUGGACAUUAACUAAAUUCACAGUUAUUGCUUGAGAUUUAAAAAAAUGCUUGGAAGCCAAUCAGCCGAUAGCCCCACAAUAAUAAAACAUGUGUUCGCCACUGUUAAACUGUGCAGUAUGUAUGACGUAUACUUUUCUACCAUUUUUUCACCAAGUAUGUCAUGCACAAUCCAUUUUUGCUUUUAGUUCGUUUUUGUUAUUUUCCUCAAUUUUUUUUGCACGCCCACUUCUUUAACUUAGAGGAAUAUGAAAUAUACUCCAGUUAAAAGAAAGAAAGAAUAUAGCGUGGGAAACAUUGCUAUACUCCACUGUUGGGAUAAAUGGGUGUGGAGCAGUGCCUUAGACUGUGACUGUGUGGAUGUUGUUGUGAUAUGAACCUUUAUGAUCGGAGACGAACAAGACAAAGUGCAUCUAGGGGUAGGAUACAGACUGAUGUUUUCCAUUAUGAAAAUUAGCCUCCAGGAACCAAUGUAUUUAAUAUCGUAAUCACUCUUCUUCACACGUUAUGUUUACCAGUUGAAAUCAUACCAGAUUUACUGUACUUGGAUGCAUUCAACAGCUAAUCAGCAACAACUUCCUGGACUGACAUCCUCACAUUAUUUAUACAAUUGACUGACCUCCAAAAAAAAGUAUUACAAAAUAAUAUCCAUAGCAAUCACAUUGUUCACAUUUAAGAUGAGGUCUUUGAGGGACUUCACUUUAGAAUAGUCCUCGCAAAAUAAUCCCGUAUGCAUAAACAUUUAUUUUCCUUGAUGCAUUCACAUAUCAGCUUGUUUAUUCAGCUAAAUAUGUCUGACUGUCCUGGCCAACAAAAAAUGUCAACCUUUUUUGGAAAAAAUUCUCUGCCUUUUCUUCAGUGUUAAUUUAAACAUGAAUGAUGUUGCACUAUAAACUGAGAUCUUCUCAGAAUGUCAUGGCUGAGCCUUGGAAAGGGUGAACUGUUAAGGUGGCUAAAAGCAAAAAGUAAUGUAAAAUAUAUGUACGGUUGUGUAUUUUACAUGUAUCUUUGAUUGAACCAGUGUCUACUCCACAUACAACUCGUCAGGAAUUAUUUUAUUUUUGUAUUCUUUUUAUGACAGAAAUGUGUCUUUUGCAAUAUCUGGCAUUCUCUUAAACGUUCAAUGAAAAUAACAACAACAUAGAUAGAAUGAGAUUGUUGGUUGAAAAGAACCUGUUUUCACAUUUAUUUGCAAAUAAAUUGUUACUUACUUUCUAAAACCUUACAUAGUGCUCCGUUCAUCCCCAUUACUGUAAAACAGAUGGGCAGUAGUUUUUGUUCCAUUGAGUGGUUUAUCCUUAAAAAAAAAAAACAUUUAUAUGCAAAGUGACACUUGUAUUAUAAAAAUGCAUGCCAUUCAGACACUCACUCUAACCCAAUGAAACCUCUGAUCUUUAUUCACCAUGUAAUUUAAGCUGAAUAACUGUUGUCACUGUUCGCAAACAAAGACUGUGGAGUCUUGCAACGAGUAGGGUUGUAUUUUUAUCACACCCUGGCCUUUUAUUGACUGUUGCGUCAAGUUUAAUCUCUUGUAUUAAUGACGGCAAAGUGGUGAUGAAGAGUGGAAUUCAUAGACGAACUACCCGGUUGAGUGUGCAUUUGAACCUUUAGCAGACUCAGAACAAAUGCACUACAAGUUUGUCCGUGUACGUAUGUGUCCUUGAACAUAAUGCCAGCACUUUAGAACUACCUAGGGGGGGGGGGGGAAACGAUUGGAAAGAGUGUCAGCGGGUUUGGCGAAUGAUGAGAAAACGCAACUUUUAAAGCCAUGUGUUCAGAGCACUGACAAUCAGAAUAGGGAUGAGAGCCAAAGUGCAUUAUGGGAGAUCUGACAUGACUUGCUCUGCUCUUGCUAUUUGCUUUGUCUUUCUCCAGCUUGCUUUGGUCUGUGCUAGCUUAUUUUCCAGACUGGAGGGACAUGAUAAACUCCAGCCUUCUUGGUUAUAAGUGUAAUUCUCUGCAACGAGGACUGACUGAAGUUUCACUGAUACUGUGGUGCUUUGUGAACAGAGCUGUCCUAUGUUGACAUGGACCAUAUCUGUUAUGCUCUGGUAAGCAUGUGCUUCAACCGAUAAGUCUGGGCUAAGUCGUAACCUCUCAAUGGACAAUAGUCCAUACGACAAAAGAUCUUAUCAUGCAACCCUACACUUUGAUUGUGGUAACGUUCUUCACCAUCAACAGGGCUUGGACCAGGCAAACUGGGAUGGGAUAAUUACAGUGUUGAUACUGCUUUAUGUUUCAAAUGAUUAAUGUUAAAAUGUGUAUGCGCCUUCUGACUCGAGCAUCAAUAAUAUAUAUACAACAUAAAUGCAAGUUGCCACUUUUGAUGUUGCAUAAGAAUCUAUACCUUUCAUUCCCAUCAUGGUAUUUUUCAUCACCAGUUUCAGUUAUGUAUAGUCCAAGAGUACCUGAUUUCUUUAAAUGCAAUACAGAAAACUCUGCUUUCUAAUAAAAGUCCUUACUUCACCAUA